UUGAAAAAGUAGUCCACUUUCCGUCAAAAAUUUUGGUACAAACAAAAUAAAUUACUUUCACCAAUUUUCGUGAGUUUUAAUAAUUUCAUCAAGAUCAAAGUUGGCUCGUGCAAUUACAUUUUUGCCAUAAGCUCGACACACCAAAUUCUUAUUCGAAACCUAAUUAUUAGAAAAUAAAGAAAAUGGACCUCCGCCUUGUCAAUUUGGCCGUGUUUUGCAUCGUUGUAUUUGUUGGACUAGCACAAACUGAUCCUGAAAUUGAAACUGGAACGUUGAAUUACGUUGAAUUGGACGGUUUAUCAUCGGAUUACGAAGAUGAGGAAUACGUCGAUCCGUCGUGUGAAGACUAUGCGCCGCCAGACGCGAAGUACCUCUAUGAUGACGACGAUGUCACCAAUCAUACGAGUUUUUGUUGCGAAAAUAAAUACGUACACAAAUUUAGAAGCUACGGGUUAUACUGUUAUCCAUGUUCUCCAUCGACUACAAAUAAUGAGAUUGAGCAGGAGCAAUUUUUGUUAUUGUGAUUGAAGAUGGAUCACCUUAUAAUAUUUACAUGUACAAUCAAAAUCUUAAAAAUUCUU